AUGUAUCAUGCCAUUAAAGAAUGGGGUGGAACUCCUUUUGGCUUCAUUGAUGAUGUGACUAUUACCGUUGAAGGUAAAAUUGAAGAAAAUACCAAAAGCUUAAGCAACAUAUUAGAAAAAUGUUGUAAUUGGGCUAAAUCAAGAAUGACCAAAAUUGAUUUGGGUGAUAAAUUGGGUUUUAUUCAUUUUACAAAAAAUGUGAAACCUAAAGAUGAAAAAGUGCAACUUACUUUACCUAAUGGAGAACUUCGUGAACCCCAGAAGGAAGUUAAAUUGCUUGGAAUUACUUUGAACAAUCUGCUUGAUUUUAAAUCUCAUAUUUUGAAUAAAAUCAAUAAAGCAAGAAAAGCUGUUGGCGCUAUUUGGCAUCUUGGAGGCGUGCAAAAAGGUAUGCGAGGGUCUGCAGUCAGAUCACUGUAUAUUGCUUGCGUGAGACCAAUUGUUGAAUAUGGCUUAGAAAUUUGGCAUCAUAAAAUCUUGAAAGGAGAAAUCCACAAGUUGGAAGUAAUGCAGAACAUGGCUUUAAGAAGAAUUGUUGGUGCUUAUCGCACAACUCCUAUUGCGGUAUUACAAAAGGAAGCUGGUAUAAUGCCAUAUAGUAUUAGGCUAAAAUUUAUGGUGGCACGAAAAGCUAUUCGUUUACACCUAAAUAUUAGCAAAACUAAUCCUAUUAAUGGUCAUUUGUUAACAUUGAUUGAGAAAUCUCCAUUGCAAAGCUAA